CGCGGGGGCGCGCAGGGCCGCGUUCCCGCUGCCGCGGGGGCGCGUGGGAGCGCGCGAUUGGCCGCCCGCGGCGCGGCUCCCAGAAUGCCCCGCAUGGCGCGUCAUUGAAGAGAGACCAUGAUGGCGGCGGCGCUGGGGCCCCCAGAAGUGAUCGCUCAGCUGGAGAACGCGGCCAAAGUUCUGAUGGCACCGCCUUCCAUGGUCAAUAAUGAACAGCGCCAGCAUGCAGAGCACAUAUUUUUAUCAUUUAGGAAAUCGAAAUCACCAUUUGCAGUUUGCAAGCAUAUUUUGGAAACGAGUAAAGUGGACUAUGUCCUCUUCCAAGCCGCUACCGCCGUCAUGGAAGCCGUGGUCCGGGAAUGGAUUCUCCUGGAGAAGGGCAGCAUUGAGUCGCUGCGCACAUUCCUUUUAACCUAUGUCCUACAGAGGCCUAACCUCCAAAAAUAUGUUCGGGAACAGAUUCUCUUAGCAGUAGCAGUGAUCGUAAAACGAGGAUCCUUAGAUAAAUCAAUUGACUGCAAAAGCAUUUUUCAUGAAGUCAGCCAAUUGAUAAGUAGUGGCAAUCCGACUGUGCAAACUCUGGCCUGUUCUAUUCUGACUGCACUUUUGAGUGAAUUCUCAAGUUCCAGCAAAACGAGUAACAUUGGACUGAGUAUGGAGUUCCAUGGUAACUGCAAAAGAAUUUUUCAGGAAGAAGACCUCCGUCAGAUCUUCAUGUUGACUGUGGGGGUACUGCAGGAGUUCAGCAGGCGGGAGAACCUCAACGCGCAGAUGUCUUCCGUGUUCCAGCGCUACCUGGCACUUGCCAAUCAAGUCUUGAGCUGGAAUUUUCUGCCUCCAAAUUUGGGCAGGCAUUAUAUCGCUAUGUUUGAGUCUUCACAAAAUGUGCUGCUGAAGCCGACAGAGUCCUGGCGGGAGACGCUUCUGGACAGCAGAGUGAUGGAGCUUUUCUUCACUGUACAUCGAAAAAUCAGAGAAGACUCAGAUAUGGCACAAGAUUCUUUGCAGUGCCUUGCCCAGCUGGCUUCUCUGCAUGGACCUGUCUUCCCUGAUGAAGGCUCGCAGGUUGAUUAUCUAGCACACUUCAUAGAGGGAUUGCUGAAUACUAUUAAUGGAAUUGAAAUAGAAGAUUCUGAAGCUGUGGGAAUCUCCAGUAUUAUCAGCAACCUAAUUACUGUGUUCCCCCGGAAUGUUCUAACUGCCAUUCCAAAUGAGCUUUUCUCCUCCUUCGUGAACUGCCUCACACACCUCACCUGUUCUUUUGGGCGAAGCGCUGCGUUGGAAGAAGUGCUUGACAAAGACGACAUGGUUUACAUGGAGGCGUAUGACAAACUGCUGGAGUCCUGGCUGACUUUGGUCCAAGAUGAUAAACAUUUCCAUAAAGGUUUUUUCACUCAACAUGCAGUUCAAGUUUUCAAUUCCUAUAUUCAGUGCCACCUAGCUGCUCCAGAUGGCACGAGGAAUUUGACUGCCAAUGGCGUGGCCUCUCGCGAGGAAGAAGAAAUAAGUGAGCUUCAAGAGGAUGAUCGAGACCAGUUUUCAGAUCAACUGGCCAGUGUAGGAAUGCUAGGAAGAAUUGCUGCAGAGCACUGUAUACCUCUCCUGACAAGUUUGUUAGAAGAAAGAGUUACCAGGCUCCACGGUCAGUUACAGCGACACCAGCAGCGUCUGCUUGCGUCUCCUACUUCCAGCACUGUGGACAGCAAAAUGCUUGAUGAUCUGUAUGAAGAUAUCCACUGGCUUAUUUUAGUUACAGGCUACCUCUUAGCUGAUGAUACUCAGGGAGAGACUCCGCUAAUACCUCCAGAAAUAAUGGAAUAUUCCAUUAAGCACUCAUCUGAAGUUGACAUUAAUACAACACUUCAAAUUUUGGGAUCUCCAGGAGAAAAGGCUUCUUCCAUCCCAGGGUACAACAGAGCAGAUUCUGUGAUUAGGUUAUUAUCUUCAGUCCUGAGAGUUUCAGAAGUCGAAUCUCGAGCAAUAAGAGCAGAUCUCACUCACCUACUCAGCCCUCAAAUGGGCAAAGAUAUUGUUUGGUUUCUAAAACGCUGGGCAAAGACUUACCUCCUGGUGGAUGAGAAACUGUAUGAUCAGAUCAGCCUGCCAUUCAGCACCGCCUUUGGGGCAGAUACGGAGGGCUCGCAGUGGAUCAUCGGCUACCUCCUGCAGAAGGUCAUCAGUAACCUCGCCGUCUGGAGCAGCGAGCAGGAUCUUGCCAGCGACACUGUGCAGCUGCUUGUCACUUUGGUGGAGAGAAGGGAAAGGGCAAACUUAGUCAUUCAGUGUGAAAACUGGUGGAAUUUAGCUAAGCAGUUUGCAAAUCGAAGCCCGCCUUUGAAUUUCUUGUCAAGUCCUGUGCAGAGGACUCUAAUGAAGGCCCUGGUCUUGGGAGGUUUCGCACACAUGGACUCAGAAACCAAACAGCAGUACUGGACAGAGGUUCUUCAGCCACUUCAGCAGCGAUUCCUGAGGGUGAUAAACCAAGAGAACUUCCAGCAGGUGUGCCAGCAGGAAGAGGUAAAGCAGGAGAUCACUGCCACGCUCGAGGCGCUGUGUGGCAUCGCAGAAGCCACCCAGAUCGACAAUGUGGAAAUCCUGUUCAGUUUCCUCAUGGACUUCCUGACCAACUGCAUUGGGCUGAUGGAAGUUUACAAGAAUACCCCAGAGACUGUCAACCUCAUCAUUGAGGUGUUUGUUGAAGUCGCCCAUAAGCAGAUUUGCUAUCUCGGAGAGUCGAAAGCUAUGAACUUGUAUGAGGCCUGCCUCACUCUAUUGCAAGUAUAUUCCAAGAAUAAUCUAGGACGGCAGAGAAUAGAGGUUACCGCUGAGGAAGAACAAUACCAAGACCUGCUUCUCAUUAUGGAACUUCUCACUAACCUUCUAUCCAAAGAAUUUAUAGAUUUCAGUGACACAGAUGAGGUGUUUAGAGGACAUGAACCUGGGCAGGCCGCAAGCAGAGCUGUGUCAGCAGCUGAUGUUGUUCUGUAUGGCGUCAACUUGAUCCUGCCUCUCAUGUCGCAGGACCUUUUGAAGUUUCCAACCCUUUGUAAUCAGUACUACAAAUUAAUCACAUUCAUCUGUGAGAUUUUUCCUGAAAAAAUUCCGCAGCUUCCUGAAGAUCUUUUCAAAAGCUUGAUGUACUCUCUAGAACUAGGAAUGACAUCAAUGAGCUCGGAGGUCUGCCAACUCUGCCUUGAAGCCUUGACACCGUUAGCUGAGCAGUGCGCCAAGGCCCGGGAAACAGACUCGCCUCUUUCUCUCGCAACUCGGCACUUUCUUAAGCUGGUUUUUGAUAUGCUGGUUUUACAAAAGCACAACACGGAGAUGACCACUGCUGCCGGGGAAGCCUUCUAUACAUUGGUGUGCCUGCAUCAGGCUGAAUACUCUGAGUUGGUUGAAACGCUACUGUCAAGUCAGCAGGACCCAGUUAUUUACCAGAGAUUAGCGGAUGCCUUUAACAAGCUUACAGCAAGCAGCACGCCCCCGACGCUGGACCGCAAACAGAAGAUGGCCUUCUUAAAGAGUCUAGAAGAGUUCAUGGCAAAUGUUGGUGGUCUCCUUUGUGUAAAAUAAAUGACAAAACUUUAAGCUAAUUUAGAUCCUUUCUGCAAAGUGCACUGAAUUGCUAAAAGUUGGUUUGAUUCUUGAUCUGUUCCUCAGUUCUUUGGCCGUUUUGAAUUUUGGAGAGCCUGAAAGUUUGACAUGUUACGCAGUGAGACAGGAGAGGUCAGCUUUGAACCAACAUCUGCUGUUUGCCACAAUCUGUCAUACAGUGUUUUGUAGAUUUUUGAAUGGCGAUAUAAAAUUCUCAAUGAAAUUCCAUAUAUGUGCAGACAGAUAUGGGCACCAUGAAGUACAUAUUCAGUGCCUUUCCCCCACCCCAGAAUCAGAAUAUGCAGUGUCUGACCAAAGUCUUCAUAUUUCAUGAUUCGGUACUCGUGGCUGUAUGCUCAGAGUAUUUCUCAAAGUACUGCCCAGGUCACCUGUGUCAACUGAAGAGCUGAUUGAAAUGGCAGAUUUUCGGGCUCGACUAUAGCCCCUCAGAGUUGAUUGCUGUUGGAUCUUGAAUUCUUCAUACUAAGAAGCGCUCCCCACUUCCAGCCCUCACACCACCCCCAAGUUUAAAAAUCAAUGCAAAAGACAUUGGAAACUCGUAAGAGACGUUGUGCUUUCAAAUUUGGGGGGAGUCUCUGAGGACUAGGUUUGUAAUUCAGCAAAAAGAAGAAACAUCGGGUGUUUGCUGGCUUUCCAUUACAUGCUCCUGCACUCUCUCUUUUGAACGUCAGCCUGGUACCGCAGGGUCUCUGAUCCUGGUCUCUGACCCUUCUCUGAUGCCUGGACCGGGGAAGGAAAAUGCAUCUCUCUUCUUUGUUCCAUAACAACUCUAGGAACCGCAGCCAUUUCAUUGCCUUAAUUUUAAGAAGAAAAUAAAAGAAAGAGAACGACUUGCUUUAGUAAGGAAAUCAAGUUUGAUGCCUCAGUUGGU